AUGCCAAACCCGGGACGGCCAUGUCGAUUGCAUAUACUGCAGCGAGAGGGCAUCAAAUGCGACCAGAGGCCUCCGGAAGGCGGCUACUACGAACAACGUGAGAACCAGCGUAAGCAGCGCCAGGGAGAUCAAUUUCGACCACAGCGGCAGCCACAGCAUCAGGGACACGCGAGUGCGUCGUCGCCCGGAUCUCACACCGGUGGCUGGUGUGUCCGAUGUGAGACCACUCCGCAUGCCACGCUACCUAGCCUGCCGGUCCGUCUGGAGCUGGUGAGACUCUACUUCGACUACAUCCAUGACCAGUUCCACUCCCUCUUCCAUCGGCCGAGCUUCAUCGAGGAUGCGCUCGGCGACCGGGUCCCACAUGGGAUCCUGUACGGCAUCUGUGCCCUGUCUGCGAGGUUCUCAACCGACCCGACUUUGGCAGCGGUUGACCCUCGGGACAGAGUACGGGGGUACUUGCAAGCCGCCGAGGGGUUCCUGAACCUCCGCGACGUGUCAUUGACUACGAUACAGCUGUGCGUCCUGAUAGGGGCAGCCUGGACGGCCGACGGCGACGGAGAAGCCGAGAACAUCUACUACGGCGUCGCAUGCCGCAUGGCGCAGCUGCUAGACCUGCCCAACAAGCCAGUAACCAGCCUGCUGGAACGAGAGAUCAAUCUACGGGUCUGGUGGUCACUCUGCAUGAUCGACGUCUGGUCAUCCACCGCGGUAAAGCUGCCCAAGCUGCUGCCGGCGAGAUCCGACAUCCCCCUGCCAAUGGACGAUCUGCCGUUUCUUGCGUUGAGCCGCAACGGUCCACAUGGGACUGCCGCGGUGGCGGGUGCGACGCCAUCUAGCCAGAGCUCGCAGCAUCUCUCUCAAAUGGUGCGGCUCAACCGGAUCCUGCUCGAUAUCAACGACUUCAACCAGCGCUGCGUUGCCGAGAACCCGGACUGGGACGCCCUUGAGCACGGCGUUGACGCGCUUCAUACGAGGAUGGAGGACUGGCUCGCCGCGCUCCCGGAGAACAUGCGCGAUACCCCUGAGAACUUUGCAUGGUUCGCAGCCCGCGGCCUUGGGAGGACCUUCGCGGCCGUGUACCUGGGGUAUUAUCACUUUGGCCAGCUUCUGUACUAUCAGUUUCUGUAUGGCGCAGGGACGACGACGGCCAUCAACCCCACGGCGUCGGCGUCGGUCGCGCGCCGGGACACGUAUGCGACCCGGUGCAAGGAGCACGCGGCGAGGCUGUGCGAUAUGGUGUACCGCGCGCAGACGACCGCGGGAGCGGAUGUGCGGUACACGAUGGCGGCGCAUGUGUUGGUGAUUGCGUCGACGGUGCAGAUCCACACGCUCCUGUUCAGCGGCGACGAGGCGGAUAUCAGCUUGGCAAGGCGGCGUCUCGAGAGAAACUUUGAGCUGCUCUUGCAGCUGCGGUGCUACUGGCCGACGGUUGACCGACCCAUCAGCCGACUGAGGGCUUUCCAUGAGACGGCGCGGACCAGCAUCGACACAAGCUUCGUGCUGGACCGGUGGAUGCUGCGGUUCCUGGUCGAGUUUGCGGAGCCGAUGGAGGAGAAGGAGGUCGGAACAGGCCGGCGCGGGGAUGGUGAGGAGAUGGAGUCGUUGUGGGCAAUGGAGGGGCUCCGGUGA